AUGGCAGACGAAUCUCCCGUGGGGUCUCCCCUUUCCGACCUCUCCUCAGACGCCUUUGAAGGCGAAGGCGAAGAAGAACAUGAGCAACUCGCCGAAGCUCACAUGCCUCCCGCAAAACGUCAGAAACUGGGAGACGCCUCCUUGAGGGGCACUCCUGCCUCGCAUCCCGUCGAGGGUUCCAUUUCCUCAGAUACCGACGGCGAAAUCCCCCAGUCUCCAGUCCAUGGAGUCCCGCUCCCAGAUGACGAUAUACAUGAGCAAGUGACGGUUUGCGCCUGGGAUGGUUGCGACGCAGGCGAUAUGAAUGAUAUGGAUAGGCUGGUAGAGCACAUCCAUAAUGAGCAUAUUGAGACGAGGCAGAAGAAGUAUACCUGUGAAUGGGGGGACUGUACGAGGAAGAGUCUCCCGCAUGCGAGUGGUUAUGCUUUGAAGGCGCAUAUGAGAAGCCAUACGAGAGAGAAGCCCUUCUAUUGCGCAUUACCUGAAUGUGAUAGAGCCUUCACGCGUUCAGAUGCCCUAGCAAAGCACAUGCGAACUGUCCACGAAACUGAAGCUCUCCGCCCCUCUGACCCAGUCCCCAAGUACCUAAAUCCACAACACAACAAAUCCCGUCUAAAACUCCUAGUCAAGAAAGACCAUGGCACAGCAGCAGCAGAAGCAGCACCUAUACCAGUUACAAACGGCACUACGAACGGCAGCCCGCAUCACUUUGUUGGAUGGACUUCUUCGUACCCUCUUGAGCUAGGUUUUACACCAGACGAAGAAGAACGAGGCGCCGAGCAGCUAUUCCAGUUAUUGCGCCGACAAAUUCAUUGGGCACAGGAAGAAACCGUAGCACUGAAGGAGCAAACCGAAGCUUACGAGCAACUACGACGGAAAGAGUGGGCGGAGAAGGAGGUCUUGCUAGACCAAGUCAUCAACAACGAAUAUAGUUACCAUGAGCGAAGGCAAAGAGUUCUAGCAAGCGCGGCUAAGAUUCCGACGGCGGAUGAAUUUCGAGCUGCGGCUGCUCAAGCGGCGUAUUCCCCUACCAGAGAAGCUGUGCCGCAAAGUCCGGUUCCAUUGAACGGGCAGGCUCUAGAGGACGCGGAGGCGGCCACGGCGUUGGCCUCUAUGUCUAAUGUUUAA